AUGCCACCCAAAUUCAAAAAGCAAGACCAAAAACCACAGCCAGCCCAAAAUACACCCAAAACCCCAAACUGGCCACCGCUUCGCCCGCUUCUCCCACCCGCCGAUCUAAGCCUAGAACCCCUCCUCCCAGACCAGAUCUACCUAAUCCGCAACUUCCUCCCAGGCUCCCUAUGCAAAACAUACGCCUCAUUCCUGGCCUCACUACCAUUAACCACAACACCGGGUAAACCAAAAAAGGACGAGGCAUUGCGCGUGAACGAUCGGUUCCAGAUUGACGAUGCGCGGUUUGCGGAGAUGCUAUGGAGCCAAACAUCUCUCAAGGAACUUGUGACCGAGAGAUUUGAGGAGGGGGAGUAUGAUGACGAAGGGCAUAGAUCACCCCCAGAGAUGGCAGAACGAGCGCGCAGACUCUGGGGCGGGGAGCCUUUAGGGUUGAAUGCUAAUAUUCGCAUUUAUCGGUAUACCAAGGGUCAAUUCUUUGGACAGCAUUACGACGACUCAAACAAUAUCAUUUUCCCUCCAUACCCCUCAACGGCCCUCUCGAGAGCAACUCCUGCGCGAACAACCUGGACCCUCCUUAUCUACCUGACGACCAGUACCGGCGGUGAAACAGUCUUCUACCCGGAAGCGACGCGCGCGAACCGGAAUCCCGAACCGAUUGCUGUUGCGCCCGAGGUUGGGAUGGCGCUUCUGCAUCGGCAUGGCGAUGCUUGUAUGCUUCAUGAGGGGAUGGAGGUUACUGGCGGGGAGAAGUGGGUUUUGAGGAGUGAUUUGGUUGUUCCUAGGUGA